AUGCAGCAAAAAAUAUCCGUGGUGGAAAUGGAGAAAAUGAAAGAAUUACUACAAAGGAGCGAAGCCGAAAAAGGCGAAUUAUUCAGAAGAGUGGAAGCGUUCGAAACUAAGCAGAAACAGGACCUCAUGUAUCACAAUCAACUAAUAAAAAGAGAUUCGAAUUUGAAGACCACCAUAGGAAAACUGGAAUUGGCAAUAAAAAAUUUGGAGCAGGAGCACAAGGAAGUAAUGGAGUUGUCGAAGAGCGCCAACGUUGCCACGGAGGCAAUCGAAAAUUACCGAUUGCUUCUGGAGAAUUACAAGAGAAUCGAUCAAGAAAAAAACAACUUUGAAGCGAUGUAUAUCAAAGUUAAUGCGCAAUACGAAACGCUGGAGAAGCUUCUAAACAGUCGAGACUACAUGCAGGAAUCUAAUUUGCUCGGGAAAUUAAUCGUCGAUCAAUGGGAAUCGAGCAGGCAACAUUACGAAGAGCACCUGGAAGAAAACGAAGAAAUCAUUAAAAAUUUAAUAGAGGGAUACAAUAACGAGAAGUCAGUUAACAGCAAGUUAAUCGAGAAAAAUUCCGCAUUGAAAGAAGAGAAUGCAUCUCUACGAGCAAAAUUGGAGCUGAUAAAUAAAGAAUUGGAAAGUUUGAAACAAAAAUACAGCGAAUUGGAGACGAAAACGCCCGAUUGCAGUAUCGUAAUCAAAGAUGAACUAAUUGAAAUCGAUUGA